UAGUGCACUUGUUUGCUCCGCUAUAUCAUGUUAUCGUUGCCGAUCACGAAGGAGCCGUUUAGACAUUUUUCACUUAUUCUUGCUGUAUUUGUUGUUGCUCGAGAUCAGUAAAUUUUAAAAAUAAUUGGUAAACACAACUUUUAAAAGACAUCCCAGUGUUUGGGAGAAGUUUGUUUUAGAGAGUAAGUACAACUAAAAAUAUUGUAUAUUUGUCUGCCAGAUAUCAAAUCUAGAAGAUGGCAGCCUUCAACUUUGAAGAGUAUUUUCAAUCCAAGUUCUCUGAACGGCUAUUCCAAGACCCAGAUGCCUCGGAGAACCACAUGACAGCUGCUACGAGGCUGUUGGAGAAGAAGCGAGAGAUGCUCGAGUUGGAACAGGCACUAUCAGCACAAAAAGAGGCGUUCCAAAUGAAAAUGGCAUCUCUAAACUCAAGGAGGGAAGAAUUGGACAAGAAGGAGCUAAGUCUGAGAGGCUCACUCAUGAAGUUCAACCAGUUCCUCAUAGAAACGGAUAUCAAGAAGCAGAGGGCUGAAAAGAAGGCAAACAACGAAAGACAGGAAAAAGAGCAAAAGGUUGAAGAAGCAGAAGCGAAGAUGGCAGAAAGAGAGAAGCUGACGUCUUUUUUGGAAAAGCAACGAAAAGUGUCGGAGCGUGAGAAAGUGUACCGGAGUUACAUGGAACGAGUUAUAGAAAAGUCUGGAGAGUUCCAGGAGCUCAAAGAUAUAUUAAGAAAGCACGACACUCUGUCAUCCAAUCUGGGAGAUAUGAUAGAAAAGUCCACAGUUAUGACGGAUAGGUUGGACUCGAUGAAACAGGAGUACUACACCAUGAUAACGAAGAAUGACGAGGCCACCAUGAGAUACACAAACAUCAUUGCUGAUCUUACGUGGAGGAAAGAGACAGCGAUGUCUAAUCACCAGAAGUGGGAAAGUUUGUGGACGCAUAUCCAGAACACAGCCGCAAGGAACGUUCUGCUACUCGGCAGAGUCAAGAUGGCAACUGAGAAUAUCUAUGUUCAGAUAUACAAACAAAGGGGGAUACCUGCAAAGGAAGCAGAAAGUGUCGACGAUCAGUUGAUAAAGAUUAAAACGUACAUCAAAGAUUUAACCGACAUAAUAGUCGAGUCUUCAAAACAAGAAAAGCAAUCUAAAGAAGUAUUUGAUAGACUAGCAAUGCCGGGAAAAUAAUUUAACAUUACAAUUCCUAUACUUGUCGAAAAAUGAAGACGUAGGUCGAAACCUCGGUUUUGCUGGCUGUUGCUGAGGUUGUGGUCGGAGUUUAAAACAAGCACUAAAAACGAGUCGUUAAUUCAACCAGAUAAUCCACGAUACUAUCCGUUUCUUGAGGCUUUCGAAAAGCGAGCACUUGCAUAUUCGAUUAAUAUUAUGUGCUUACUUUCAAGUUUUUAAUCUCAAGUUAUUAAGUAGAUAACAUUAUUUUCAACCUCUUUUCUCAACUACAAGCUGAGUGGCGUUAUUAAUUUAAUUUCAGUCAAUGGCUUUCAGUUAAAAGAUUUGUGUCCAGUAUAAUAAUGACACUUGCGAUAUCGCUUAGAUUCAAUUAACUAAAAAUGUAUGAGAAACUUGAUUUUAUUUAAAGUUUAACACCAA